GUCUGCUAUAGAAGUGUCCGUCCUGUCCGUAACAAUAUAUGUGUAUUCUAUAUACUUAUGUUUAGUUUAAUAAUCAGUUUUGUAGUGGUCUGUUCUGGAGGCUCUCUGGUGUAAACGUAUUGUAAAAUUAAAAUUCAAUAUGGCUGUGUAUUUUUAUUUUAACUCCCACUUGAAACAUAGAUAAAAAACCAGAAACCUGAAAACAAUUCAAGUUUCAUAAUGUUUUAUUCACACAGAAAAAAAUUAUAAAGUUGAGUAUAUAUGUGAUUCUGUGCGAUUUUUUAAACGAUGUUACGAUUUUUGAGUCGUCGAAAAAAUCGACAACAACAAACGCAACCGACAAAUGUGACAAGUAGUAAUGCACCACAUUCGAUCAGUGGCAAUCAUAAUUUACAAGCGUUAUCGAGCAGCAUUCAACAGAAUAUUAAAAGUACACAACGAAGUUUAAAUAAUAAGAAUAUUGUGCAAUGUAAAGUGAUUUUGUUAGAUGGUACGGAUUUAUCUGUCGAAUUAUCGAAAAAAGCAUUAGCUUCCGAUUUAUAUGAACAAGUGUUUUAUUCCUUGGAUCUUAUAGAAAAAGAAUAUUUUGGAUUACAGUACACGGAUAUACAUCAUGUCAAACAUUGGUUGGAUCCUACCAAAGCGAUUAAGAAACAAGUGAAAAUUGGCCCACCCUACACAUUACGUUUAAAAGUCAAGUUUUAUUCGAGCGAACCAAACAGUUUACGAGAAGAAUUAACACGAUAUCAAUUUUUCCUCCAAUUAAAACAAGAUAUUCUAGAAGGGAAAUUAGAUUGCACGGAACAAGUAGCGAUUGAAUUAUCAGCGCUAUCUUUACAAUCGGAACUAGGGGAUUAUGAUGAUACGGUCCAUAGUGCGGCGACUGUUAGUGAAUUUCAUUUUGUACCGAACCAAACCGAAGAGUUAGAAAUUGGAAUAUUAGAGGAAUAUAAAAAAUGUAAAGGUUUAACGCCAGCUCAAGCUGAGCUUAAUUAUUUGAAUAAAGUGAAAUGGCUGGAAAUGUAUGGAGUCGACAUGCAUACAGUUUUAGGUAAGGAUGGUAAGGAAUAUCAUUUAGGUUUAACGCCCACCGGUAUAUUAAUAUUUGAAGGUAAUGAAAAAAUUGGCCUAUUUUUUUGGCCAAAAAUUGGUAAAUUAGAUUUUAAAAAGAAAAAAUUAACAUUAAUUGUUGUCGAGGAUAAUGAUGAUGGCCAUGAACAAGAACACACUUUCAUAUUUCGUUUAUACAAUGAAAAAGCCUGUAAACAUUUAUGGAAGUGUGCUGUUGAACAUCAUGCGUUUUUCCGAUUACGUGCCCCAAUUAAAGGUCCAUCAGCUCGUCAAAACUUUUUUAGAAUGGGUUCGAGGUUUAGAUAUUCAGGAAGAACGGAAUAUCAGACAACACAACGUCAACGAGCUAGACGUACGGUACAAUUCGAACGGCGUCCUUCACAGCGUUACGCAAGACGACAGAGCCAUGUAUUGCGUGAACGUCAAAAAGCGGUUCGUGUUGAGAACACCGAACCAACAUCGAGUUCUUCGACAACAACGACAACGACUGCACAAUUGACGGACCCCACAUCCCUAAUACAAUCAUCAUCAUCAAGAUGUAGCGGUCGAUCGUCAAAGAGUGAUCUAACAACAACGACCGGUGAUCUGUUACUAUCAUUAUCCGAUCCACCGUUAACACCGAUCCAAGUAAAUGUGGAUCAACUGUUGCUGAAUCCAAAUAGUCCACAAUCGUUAUCACCAGCCAUGUCUACAUCGGAUACGGGUACGCUGCGUAAAAAUAAACCAGCAUCACCAUCCCCAGUCAACAUUAGUGUGAAUAAUCCAUUGGAUUCGUUAAUUAAAUCCAUUGCCAAGGAGAGUUUAAGUCAUAUACAGUUUGAGGAACAUAAUUCCACCGUUCCGGAACAUCAUAAAACAGAGGAUUCGUUGAAGAAUGAUGUUUUACAAAAUAAUCAAACCAAGUAUUUGAGUAGUGCUAAAAAAAUUCCAAAGGAUCAACUUAAGUGCAAUAUUCUGAAAGCAAAAGCAGACGAAUUCCAAAAUAACAACAACAACAAUAAUACAAUAACGCCAUCGUUUAAUAUUGGUGGGAAAAUUACGAAUCAAAAUGUGAAAGUAAUUUCACCGAAGCUACGCGAGGAUAUUAAUUCGAAUAAUAGUUUAUUGGAUGCAUCGCUUGACUCAUUCAACCAAGCGACCUUUGUUAGUGUGGGUGGAGAUAAAUUAACACUAAAUGUAUCAUGUUUGAAUCCUGCACAAUUAUUGUCGACUCCAUUGGCGAAAAUUGAAAAUACAGAAUCGUCUCAAAUCGAAUUACAAGAACGGAAUUUUACGAAAGAUACAAAUGAUCUCACAAACACGGACGAAGUGACCGAUGUCAAAGAUAUAAAACGUUGUCCGACUCCGGUCACUGUCACACAUUUCAGUUACAGUAAUCAGGGUAAAUUGGAAAAGAUCAUUUUACCAUCACAAAAUGAAAUUUCCAAAACACAACCGCUCAGUUUAUUAAACAUCAGUGAUAGUAACGACGUAACUGAAUCGAAAUUAAGUCCAAAAGAUGAGUUAAAUGUACAAAUCGAACAGAAUUUAUCGAAAAUCAGUCAAAAAUCACCGUUGAACACCGAUCCAAAAUCGAUAUUUUUCGAGAAUUUAAUUAUCAAUAAAAAUAAUCCGUUUAUAAAUACGUCCCCGAAACAUGAUUCUGUAAUUACAAACACACUUCCGAUCGCAUCAAGUCCACCCAUUACCGAGAAUAAUCCUUUCCAUCCAAACAAUCCGUUUAGAGACAUCAGUCAUAUAUCAGAUAAUGAAGACACUAGUUCCAAGGAUGCCACUGAUUUACCAAAAGUGGAAAUGAAUCAAAUAAGUAGUACAAAACAACAGACAACGCAUGGAAAAACGAAUACAUCGAACCAAAGUUUAAGUCAAUUAUCACCAUGGCUUGUAUCAACCGAAAAUGUUGGUACAACUGUUCCCAAGUCAACGACCAAGCAACAAGAGACAAAUGUACCGAAAAUUCAUAGGAAAAGUGUUAUAAUUACACAACUAUAAAAAAAAUAUAUGAAAAACCUUUUAAAACUUAAAAUCCUUAAAAAAAAAGAAGUGCCAACAUAUAUUAACCAAGUGCUUUUACCAUUUAAAAAAAUAUAUAUAUUUUAUUAAUAAUGGGUAAUUCAUUUUGGCUAACAAGGGGAAAAUCAACCUUGGAAAUCUUAAAAAAUAUGGAAAAGUAUCUAACACGCAGACCUGGUGUUUUUUUACAGAGGUGUCUUUUGAUAUACGGGUGUGACGUCAUAGUAUGUAGCUUGUCAGACUUGUUGACAUACUGUAUGGUAUUAAUUAUUUAUAUUUUGUAUGGUAUUACCAUGGAUAUAUACAAUAAUUACUACAUACGUGGGUAUUA